AUGACUUUCGGUUACAAUGCAAACUGGCGUGGUUCAACGAAAAGCAUAUCAACUAUUAUCGAUUUUGCCAAAGAUUUGCUAUUUGAAUUGCGGUUUGCUAGAGAUGCUUCGGGCAAUGAACUCAAUAUCGGAUCGAGGCCUAUCGUUUUUGUGGUUCACAGUAUGGGGGGUCUCGUAGUCAAGAAGGCUUAUUUGCUUGGAAUUCAUGAUGAGACCUAUAAAGCCAUCGUUGAAUCCAUUUCAGCCGUUGUAUUCUUAGCUACUCCUCACCGAGGCACACACUUGGCCGAAACACUCAGCCAUAUUCUUUCCGCAACGUUCCAAUCAUCGAAAAGCUUUAUCUCGGAUCUUAACAAAGGCUCAUUCGCCAUCGAGGAUAUAAACGAGCAAUUCCGUCAUUUCGCACCAAAGUUGUCCAUAUGGUCAUUUUAUGAGACCCUCGCAACAUCGAUUGGACCAAGUAAGAUUAUGGUGUUGGAGAAAGAUUCAUCAGUUUUGGGAUACCCAUCGGAAAUCUCAAAACCUCUUCAUGCCAACCACAAAAGCAUAUGCAAGUAUGACAGCCCCGCUGACGAAAACUACGUCGCUAUCAAAAAUGCGAUAGCCUACACUGUUUCAGACUCCUUGCGAAAAGCAAAGAAUGAAGCUGCCGUGACUAAGGUUGAGAUCAAGGCAACAGUCGCGGAUCUAUUCAGUGGUUGCAUCACAAGCGAAGAUGACUAUAACGCCCUCAGCGAACGGCGAAUUUCAGGGACUUGCAACUGGAUUUUCGAAGAGACUGACUUUUUGUCCUGGAUGGCGCCUUCAAACGAAUCUUCAAUUUUAUGGUAUACUGCUCUUCCGGGAAAUGGAAAGUCCAUACUCUCUACAUGCGUCAUAGACCAUUUCAAAUCAUCAUCGAAUGGCUGCCAAUUCUUUCAUUUUAAAUACUCUGACCCCGGGAAACGGUCAGCUAUAAAUUGCCUUCGGAGCUUGGCCUUUCAGCUUGCACAUGAUAUUCCGCAGUUUGGCCGGCUGCUAUGUGAUGCUCCCCGGGAAAGCCUGGGCUUGGAGUCUGGUGACGCUACCUUGAUUUGGCAGAAUGUCUUCCAAAACACAUUUUCACAGUCUAAGAUCGAGGGCUAUUUGUACUGGAUCAUUGAUGGAUUGGAUGAGUGCGACACCCCUCAGAAUCUGCUCAACUGCCUCAAAGGGCUUCCCACGGUAGCAGUACCCAUUAGGCUUUUGAUCUUGAGCCGAAAAGAUGGCAUACUCCCUAUAGCCUUUGAUCGAUUAUCGCAGAAAGUGUCUGUCAGGAUUAUUGAAAAGAUCGACGGGUCACACAAUUUGCCAGAUAUCGGGAUCCUUGUGAGGCAAGGACUUGAACAGAUCAGUUGCGGGGUAGAGUUUCGGGAACAGCUUUUUCAGAAUGUCACAAAACGCUCUGAAGGCAAUUUUCUGUGGACUAAAUUGGUGCUCGACGAAGUAAUGCAUUGUCAUACAGAGAAAAGGAUCCAAGAAGUGCUGGAUGAGAUCCCGGAUGACAUGACUCUAGUGUACGAACGGAUGGAGAAAAGUCUUGUUCAAUCAGGUCGAAGAGCCAAUGAGCCACUUAUAAAGGCACUUAUUGAGUGGACAAUAUGCGCCCAGAGGCCACUUAAUCUGAGCGAAAUGUCCCAAGCCCUUGAGCCUGAGUUCACUGGAUUUCUCGAUCUCAAGCGAACAAUCAAGGAUGCUUGUGGGCAAUUUAUUCAAAUUGACGACAGCAGCAACAUCACGAUGCUACACCACACAACUAGCGAGUACUUUACGCGAAACACAACAAGUAUAUUUUCAAUUAACCUUGAGGUGUCUCAUACUCGCCUCUUCCUAAAAACCACCUCGGCCUUAGAGGAACCGACUCUCCAAUGGAAACUGAUAGAGAAUCGCCACGCGCUGGGAAGCAGCCAGCCCUUCGUGUUCUAUUCAGCCAUUAGCUGGUCAUAUCAUCUAGAACAAUGCCUACCAGAUUCCUCAGAAGCUCUGCACCAAUUGGUAUCUUUCUUUCGCUCCCCCGCCGUCUUGAGCUGGAUACAUAUCCUAGCAUUACUUAGGCGGUUGGAAGUUUUGACGAAAGCCGCCAGCAUUCUUGGGGCAAUGUUGCAUGGGAGUCGACAGAAAGAUUUUGCGAACAACUCGAAAAGUUUGAGUUCCGAUGAUCUCGAAUUAUUGGAAGACUGGGUCGCAGACCUGAACAAGAUUGUUGGUAAAUUUGGACAAAUCUUGGUGAUGGAGCCUGAGGUCGUAUACAAUUUGAUCCCAGCUUUGAGUCCUGGUCAGACAGCAAUAUCUAGACAAUUUAGGGACUAUCAAUCUACAAUUGAAGUUCUGGGCAAUGAGAAUAGGCUAUGGAAUGGUAAUCUUGGCCGUUUCGCUUUACCGUCAGGCAGCCGAGCGAUGAAGAUAGCCUGUGCACCAAAGUAUAUAGCAGUGCUGGAAUUCGGAGGCACUGUGCGAGUUUGGGACUCGUCCAACUUUUUGGAAAUAAUGUCCAUUUUUCACACAGAGCCUGUCACGACAAUCGCUUUUAGUUCUAGCGGAACGAAGCUCGCAACGUGUGGUCUAGAAACAACAAAAAUAUGGUCUAUCGCAAGCGGUAAAGAGGUGGCUAUUCUCCGCAAUCCACCCCUUACGAAGGCGAUGGAGAUAUCCUUUGCUGAAAAAGAUAGAAAGCUGCUUUUUGGUGGAGAUGACAAUGUUGUUAGGAGCGCAUUUUGGGAUUUGCCAAGUCCACAAUGGCAAGCCAUCCACUCGAAUCUUCUUCUGAAAAGGCCUCCAGGAGAUACCAGCACGAUUAUGAAUUCACCGAUGUGCUUGGCAUUGAGUGCCGACAAGAAAUAUAUUGGGGCUUCGUAUAGAGGAGCUCCCCUCUCGGUUUGGAGUCUAGCCGAUGGCAGAUUCGUUGGGAAGUGUCAGCGCUCAAAGGAGACUCGACUUGCCACUCGUCGAUCGUCAACAACCUGGUUCUCCGUCGAUACAUUCACCUGGAAUCCAGUUACUGGCCAUGUGCUGGGAAUUUAUAAGGAUGGAUGCAUCUUCAAGUGGCACCCUUUUACUAGGGAGAAUGUUGAACUACGAAAACCAGCGGAUGGAAUUGCUGUCAGUCCUAACGGGAAGUUAUUCGCGACGAGCAGUAGUGACGGUUCUGUCCGCGUAUGGAAAUUUGCAAGUUUCACCCUCAUUUACCAACUCUCGACCGAAGAUCUUGUGACGGACCUUGUUUUCAGUCCCGGAAGCCAUAGAUUUUACGAUUUGCGAGGCGGAGUAGUCAACGCAUGGGAGCCGGAUGCUGUGACCCGCUUCUACGCGAAUGAGGAACAAAACAGGAACACUCAAAGAGAAGAUAAAUACUUUACCGAGAUCUCAAAGCCCUCAGAGGAGAAGAUUGUUCAUACUGAUUGCGUGACGGCAAUUUGUCCUUCUCCAAGUGGGACUGAAUACUUGGCAGGUUUCGAGAACGGAACCGUGCUCUUCUUUGAGGAUCCAACAACAUGCCCCUUGGAAGUUGCAAAUUUCGGCUAUGCUUUCGAAAUCACUCAUCUUGUAUGGAGCGACAAUAACCUCUUCAUUGCGAUUGUGAACUUGGCUGGAGAGGUUAUUGUGAAGCAAAUACACCGCGAUCAAGGGAAAACGUGGUUCUCUGCCUUGCCCAAAUUAGAGAUGGAUUUUAAGAAAAUAAACAGACCAUCCGACGGCCAUACCUUCAAUAUCGAAGGUGUCAUUUUUAGCUUGGACUCAAAUUUCAUAUUCUUAUGGACUGAGAGAGAAUGUUUCGUCUUCAUGGUCAAAACUAGCUCGCUGCAGGCUUAUCUAGAAACUGAAUCUGGGCUGGAAAACUUUGACAAAGGUGGCCAGCAAUAUCUCAAUUAA